AGCAGCAGCGUCACAUGUUGUUUUUCUCCAGGAUCAGAUCAGUCUCUGGUCUGGUCCGACUGCACUGUUGCUUCUACCGCGGCGGACAGCGGACACAUCUAUCGGUGUCUGCUAUGGAUUAGAUUUUUUUUUUCUUCUUUUAAAAAAACGGGUUACCCUUGAAGUUUUUAUUUUUUAUUUUUUUUGCUGCGAGUUAUCCAUAAAAGGACUUUGCUUAUCUGGAACUUGAAAAGAGACGUGGAGAGAAAUGGCAAGUCCUCCGGCGACGGGAGGACACCUGUUAUCUAAUGGGACGAACGGUGUGAAGAAGUGCGGCUACCUGAGGAAGCAGAAACACGGACACAGGCGCUUUUUCGUGCUCCGGGAGGCGACCGACCGUUGCCCUGCCCGGCUGGAGUAUUAUGAAAGCGAGAAGAAAUGGAGAAACAAGUCCGCGGCGAAGCGGGUCAUAACUUUGGACUCCUGUCUGUGCGUAAACAAACGGGCCGACGCCAAACACAAGCACCUCAUCGCCCUCUACACCAAGGACGAGUACUUCGCUGUGGCUGCGGACAACGAGCAGGAGCAGGAGAGCUGGUACGGGGUUUUGACUGAUCUCAUAGCGGAGGGGAAAGUGUACGACAGCCCCGCUUCCACCUCUUCUUUAGUGGGCUUUGAGGAGUCCAGCUACGGACUCAUUACUCCUGCAACUGCUGUCUAUAAGGAGGUGUGGCAGGUCAACUUGAAAUCCAAAGGCUUGGGUCAGAUCAAGAACCUCACAGGAGUAUACAGGCUGUGUUUGUCCAGCCGGACCAUCAGCUUUGUCAAACUGAACUCAGAAACAGCUGCUGUCAGUUUACAGCUCAUGAACAUCCGGAGAUGUGGCCAUUCAGACAGCUUCUUCUUCAUUGAAGUGGGCAGGUCAGCGGUUACAGGGCCAGGGGAGUUCUGGAUGCAGGCAGAGGACUCAGUGGUGGCACAGAACAUCCAUGAGACCAUCCUAGAGGCCAUGAAAGCCAUGAAGGAGCUGUCUGAGUUCAGGCCGCGGAGCAAAAGCCAGUCUGCCAGCACUAACCCCAUCUCUGUGCCCACACGACGCAACCUCAACAACCUCCCCCCCAGUCAGACGGGCCUGGUGAGGCGAUCCAGAACAGAUAGCAUGGCAGCCACGUCCCCAGGGAGAAAGUUCACAUCCUGUCGGAUAAGAACGGCCAGCGAGGGAGAUGGAAGCGUGACCCGGCCUGUGUCCAUGUCCAUAUCUGUGAACGGGAGUCCCACCAGUCCAAACUCUGGGAAUCACCUCAGCAGGUCCCAUACACUCAGCAGUGGGCGCACCUGCAGAAUGCUUGAGUCCUCCUCCAACCUGCAUCACAGCCGGUCCAUGCCAGUGUCCAACUCCCCUCCAGCUGCCUCCAGCCCCAUCAGUAUGUCUCCCAGAGGGGGGGCUAGUAUCUCCACUCCUGACAAAGCCAGACGGCCCUUCAGCUGCAGCGCCUCCAUCUCUGGCUCCCUCAGCGACACCGGCUUCAUGCUGUGUGAUGAUUACAGCUGCAGCCCGGGUGAACCCAAGUUCCUCCCCCUGACCCGCAGCGACACCCCUGACUCCCUGUCCAGCACGCCUCCAUCCCGUGACAUCGGUGACCCUUGUGGCUACAUGAUAAUGGAGGGGGCCAACGGCAGCAGGUCCGGCAGCGAGGGUCUGGCUUACAGGAAGCGGACGCACUCCCUCACCACACCGCGUCAACAGAGAGUGGUGGCACCGCUGUCCUCUGCCUCCCUGGAUGAGUACACGCUCAUGAGGAUGGCCCACGGACACAACUCUCACUCUGCCUCACCCAAAGUGUGCUACCCUGAGGACUAUGGUGACAUAGAAAUCGGUUCAUCCAGGAGCUCCAGUAGUAACCUUGGCGAUGAUGGCUACAUGCCCAUGACGCCGGGUGUAGCGCCGCAGUCUGGCAAGGUAGACAACUACGUGCCCAUGAGCCCCAUGUGUGUCUCAGCACCGAAGCAGAUUGUGAACCCUAGGGUGCAUCCUCAGGCAGCUGCCAGCGGGGGCUAUAAGACCAACUCCCCCUGCAGCAGCUCUCUGGAGGACAACGGUUACAUGAGAAUGUGGUGUGGCUCCAAAUCCUCUAUGGAGAGCCCAGAUAGGCAUGGUGAAUACAUGAACAUGUCACCUGGAAACCCACCUCCACUCCAGACCCCCCCUGACUACUACUUGGGCCUGCUGGCUGGGGAACCAGCAUCAGUGAGGUCUGCUUACCAGGCCGGUUCCCUCACCCUCCCUGCUAAACUUCAAGCCUCUAAAAAUGAAGAUAACAGCCAGUAUGUGUUGAUGAGCCCUCAGAGUUUGAGGCAGAGGGCAGCGGAGUCUGACUACUAUUCAGUAAUGCAGCCAAGUGCAGCUCAGACCUCACCGCUGAGCCCUUCAGUACCCUCCCCGGUCAGACACGGCCGGGCGGAGUCCCUGCCCUACAGAGGGAGGCUGGGCAGGCCUAACAGGCUAUCCUUGGACACCCUGAGGACCCUGCCCAGCAUGAACGAACACCCCCUGCCCGGAGAGCCCAGGAGCCCCGGGGAGUACAUUAACAUCGACUUCAGCGGCACCAGAUUCUCCCCGCCCUCCAUCGAGUCCACAGAGAGCCAGUCCUCAUCUCUGGCUUCCAGCGGCGGGGGCCCGAGGAGAUCCUGUCUGACAGACUACAUAAACCUGGAGCUGGGCUCACACUCACCCAAGGAGGCUGACACUCCCGCUGAGCGCUUGGACGCACUCCCAGAGCUAUCCAUGUGCCCCUGCUCAGGGGAGGAUGGAGUGUACCAUCUGGAUAGUAAGAAAGGGUCUCAGGGCCUGAAUGAUGAGGGGAAAAAUGACUACACUGAGAUGACAUUUGGAAUGACUAGCUCGCCUCCACAGCUUGUUCCUCAGAACACGGCAAGCAGCCAGAGCAGCAGGGAGAGGAGGCUCUCUCUGGAGGACCAGGGAGUCCCGGAAAGCAUUGGGGUCUUCCUGCUCGGGGCCGCCUCUUCCUCCACAGUAGACCCCGACUGCUCCGCCAAGGUGAUCCGGGCCAAUCCGCAGGGACGUCGGCGCCACAGCUCCGAGACCUUCUCCUCCACCGCCACUGUAACCCCCGUGUUCCCCUCCUUCGCCCGCGGCGACGCCGUGAAGAGGCACAGCUCGGUAGAGAACAUCUCAUCCCGGAGCAGCGAGGGCUCGGACGAGGAGUACGGCAGCCCGGUGAACCGGCAGAACUCGGCCGGCUACCCCAAUGGACUGAACUACAUUGCAUUGAACCUGCUGGACAACAGAGGCGUGGAGAAAUGCGAGGACCUGGUUGGCUUCAAACCCACCAGCAGCUGCAAAGGGGGUAUCAAUGGAUUACACAACACACCAUAUGUCUGUUUGGGAUUCAAGGAGGCUGCAACCACUGCCAAGGACUGAAGGACUCUUCUGUCCUCUGACUUGGUGUCUUCAUUGACCUGCUGCUCGGAAAAAAAAGAAAAAAAAUCAACUUUGCCCUUCCACUGGCCUCUGUGGCCCUAAAAGACUGUCUGGACUCUCAACACCACACACACACACACACACACAAAUACAUACACACACUUAGGAAACAAGCAGGUCACCACCUAUGCAUGUCAUGAAUUAGCCUGAGGCAGGACAGGUGUGUUUGUGUAUGUGUGUGUCUGUGGAUGUGUGUGUGUCAUGUAUUGGUGUGUCUCAUGUUCCCCGCGCUUUCAGAGGCCAUUUCUCCUGUGACCCAAAUUACAGCGCAAGCACAGAAGCAAAGAUAGUCAGACAAUAACAAAACUCUAAUGGUACCCAGAUUCUAUUUAUUUACUUGAGGGUAGUUUUAUGACUGCCUGUGUGCGUGCGUGUGUGUUUUUGAGACAAAGUACGGCCAACUGGUAUGUCAGUUAACAAUUUAACAAUGAAACCUACUAACUAUAGAAAUGGCCCAGGGAGCGAGGAUACCAAGCCUGAGAGGCACACUGAGUAUAUAACUAUAUUUAGAAUAGAUAUUUUAUUUAUUUUUGAAAGAUGAAUGUCUGAUAAGACCUACCCAAUGCCUUAAUGUCUAUACUGUCCUUAUGUUUUCUAUGAAAUAAGAGAUAAAUAUUCUAUUGCAGUAUGUCUGUUUGGACCUACAUCUCUAUAUUGUUAUUAUCUUGUGGAAAGUUAGUUUACCAUUAAAAUAUAUAAUUUCAGAAAUGUACAGUACAGUGGGGCUGCUUCAGAUCUGAUUUAUCGUAUUGAUAUUAAAGUAUUUUCUUAAUUACUAAUUUCUUAUUUAUUCUAACCUAGUUUAUUUUUUGUCCAAUCAAAGCGCUGGACUUAAAGAAAUAUAUUUCUAAAUGUCUUUAAGAGUUAUGCAUGUCUUUAUAACUCAGCUCAGACCCCACAACAUCAGGCAUCUGAAUGCACUGUACCUCCCACAGUUCCUCAGUCACUUGAGCCUGAAAACCUCACACACUCCUACCUUCAAACCUACAGCCUGCUGUUAAGUUUGACGCAGGCCACCCUGCUGUGAUAUCAUUUGACGGUACAACUGUCUUAGUUGAGGUCAGGAUGGAGGGGUGGAGCCAAUGAAAUAUGUCGACAUUGGGGCACAGUCGAGGUGUCAAUGAACGAGUGCUGAAGUGGAGGGGAAAGGGGCCGCCAGUGUCAGCAGUGUUGGACAAGCACUGGGGGGAGGAGGGCUGUGUAACGAAGAAAAAAAAUAGAAGAAGCCAACAGCCACAUCUGGCGCCAUCAUGGAGGCUCACUGCAGAAUCAGCUGUCUGGAAAAUAUAACUAGCUGGCUGAAGACAAUUAUGUAAUAUUACAAGUUAAAGCAACACUAUGUAACUUUAUUAUGUGACAGUUAUGUAACAAUUGCAGGAUAAUAUUAAAUGCUAAAACAGUGUAUCAGUAGCACAAGUAGAGAUGAGUCAGUAAUUCUAUUAUACAGCAAUAUCUAAAGUUUGCUAACAUUAGCCACCAUUAGUUACUGGUCGCACCAGACAAAAUAUUGAAUUGAGUAAGGGUGGGUUUUAUUACUGAUGAAUUCAUUUUUUCAUUUGUUACAAGAAUGUGUCCUUCUCUCUUUCAAAAGCUUCUUUAAAAUGUGAAACUGCGUGACUUUUGUUGAAAAGCAGCCUCUGCGGCUAAAAGUGGCAUUUACAGGCUAAUGCUAAAUGCUAAUAUUUAGUCUAACAGUAGUACAAGUUGAGUAGCAAACUGACAGAAAUAACAGUUACACAGCAAUACCUAUGUAAGUAGCACCAGCUACUGGUCAUAGCAGACUAAGUAAGGCUGUAACAGGGAAACCACAAAGUGUACUGAAGGUACAUUUUAUUGCUGAUGAAUUCAAUGUUUCACUUGUACGGAAGACGAUUAGGGCCACAUGUGAAAAAUGUAUUUUCACAUGUAAAAGAGGAAUACAUUUUUCACAUGUGGCCCUAAUCCUCUUCUGUACAUUUGUUAGAGGAAGAAUGUGUUAUUUGUUCUUUCAAAGGAUACUUAAUAUUCUUUAGUUACCACUUUGGUCAGUGAAAAAAUGAUCCUGUGAACCUCCAAAAUGGUCGCCAAGAGGGUUUGUUAGCAUUUUCUAAUAGCCCUCUAUGGACAUCCUGACUCUGUGGUCUUUGUGUCGUCUGCUGUGCCGACUCCCAACUGGCUCACAACCCCUUUAGUGUACAGUAGAUUGUAAAACUUUUAACCAUGUCUGAAUGUAUCACUGAGCUGGUGGGAACACCACAGAAACAUAAUGUGGGAAAAUGGUUUUGACAGAGUUGAAUAAUAUUGGAGCUGUACCAUGCUCAGUCGUGGUAUCUAUUUAUCUUCAGAGUCUUGAAUGUGUAUAUUGUGUACAUAGAAAGAGUUUAACUAAAAAAAAUCUAUUGAAAAUACAGAGUACUUAGAUUUUACCUAUGUUGCAAUGAUAUUCCUGUGUAAAGACUUUGGCUACCGAUUUUUAAAAAGGGGAUGGGGUUUUUGCUUUGGGGUUGUACAGUGUAUUGUAUGCUUUUCUCCCUCACAAUGAA